AUGAUAUAAUAGAUUAAAAAAUAUAAUAAUUUAGAAGAAUUUAAAAGCUCUUCACUUUUAUCUCAUUAGGUUCUCCAUAUUGAUCUCUAAGAAAGUUAAAUGGGUGAUGAAGAUGCAUCAGGCUUAGGUUCUGCUUUAGCAAAUUGCAUUAAUCUCUCAAAUUUGACACUUGAUCUUAGUAACAAUUAAAUUGGUGAUGAAGGUGCAUCAGGUUUAGGUUCUGCUUUAGCAAAUUGCAUUAAUCUCUCAAAUUUGACACUCUACCUUUAGUAAAAACAGUUUAUUUGUUUUGGAUUGUGA